CUUAAUAAACAUAAAUAUACUCACAGCCACUAGCUCACACACAAAGAGAAUACUCGGCCCACAGGGAGAGAAGAGAGCUCAAGGCCACAAACUUUCUCCCGCUGCAAUGGCCUCGGCUACUCUCCUCAAGUCUUCCUUCCUCCCCAAGAAGUCUGAAUGGCUCAAUGCCCGCCCGUCGUCGACCUCUCAGCCCAUGGCGGUCUCCUUCACCGUCCGGGCCGGUGCCUACGCCGACGAACUUGUCAAGACUGCAAAAACCGUUGCAUCACCAGGUAGAGGCAUAUUGGCUAUGGAUGAAUCCAACGCCACCUGUGGUAAAAGACUUGCAUCAAUUGGGCUGGAGAACACCGAGGCCAACCGACAAGCUUAUCGUACCCUUCUUAUCACUGCCCCUGGUCUGGGUCAAUACGUCUCUGGUGCCAUCCUGUUCGAGGAAACACUUUAUCAGUCAACAACAGAUGGGAAGAAGAUGGUUGAUGUUCUUGUUUCACAAAACAUAAUGCCAGGGAUCAAAGUUGAUAAGGGUCUUGUACCAUUGGCUGGCUCAAAUGAUGAAUCAUGGUGCCAAGGAUUGGAUGGCCUAGCAUCACGAUGUGCAGCUUACUACCAGCAAGGCGCCCGCUUUGCUAAAUGGCGUACAGUGGUUAGUAUCCCAAAUGGACCAUCAGCUCUUGCAGUGAAGGAAGCUGCUUGGGGUUUGGCUCGAUACGCUGCCAUUGCUCAAGAUAAUGGGUUGGUUCCUAUAGUUGAGCCAGAAAUACUGCUGGAUGGAGAUCAUGGAAUUGAAAGGACCUUUGAGGUUGCACAGAAGGUGUGGGCUGAGGUCUUCUUCUACAUGGCUGAGAACAAUGUCAUGUAUGAGGGCAUUCUUCUCAAGCCAAGCAUGGUAACACCUGGUGCUGAAUGCAAAGAGAGAGCCACACCAGAACAAGUGGCUGAAUACACCCUGAAGCUUCUCCACAGAAGAAUUCCACCUGCUGUCCCUGGAAUUAUGUUCCUCUCUGGAGGUCAGUCUGAAGUGGAGGCAACACUGAACCUGAAUGCCAUGAACCAGAGCCCCCACCCAUGGCAUGUCUCCUUUUCUUUUGCUAGAGCUCUUCAGAACACUUGCCUGAAAACAUGGGGAGGAAGGCCAGAGAACGUGAAGGCUGCCCAAGAUGCUCUCCUCAUCCGAGCUAAGGCCAACUCUCUCGCUCAACUUGGAAAAUACACAGGUGAGGGUGAGUCAGCAGAGGCUAAAGAGGGAAUGUAUGUCAAGAACUACAGCUAUUAAGAACCUGAAGAUCGUAAGACAUUUCAAUGUUAUAGAACUUGUGAACACUGCUAUAUUUACAGCAGGAGGAGGUGAAUGUACUGCAUUACUCUGGAGCUGUUCUGAAUUAUUAAGUUUGUAUAAGAGUAGAGUGGCAUUAGGCCAAAACCACAUUGAUGGGAUAAAUCAUAUUGGUUAUGGCUAUUACCAUUGCAGA